AUGUAUUUGGCUAACAGUUGCCCUUGGUUACUAAAUAUGGCAGACGGUCGAAACACGGACACGUACGAAGGUACGACGCCUCGAAAAAGUGUUUCCGAUGCGGACAAGAGCGUGUUACCAACCGUCACUGAAGAGGGCAAGGUCGCUGCUGCGGAGAUCACAUGCAAAGAAAACAAUUGGAAAUGUAAGCCGCCUGACGCCAAGCAACGCCGCAGAUUGCGAGAAAGAUCCGGGAAAGAAGCAGACAUCAAGUCUCCGGAAAUGGUCGAAAGAAGAGAAGAAAUCACAAAUAAUGUCGUUUGUCAUGAUAAGGAUAUUGUCGUGAGACUUUGUAAAUUCUCUCUCUCUCUCUCGUUUCUUUCUCUCUCUCUCUCUCGUUUCUUUCUCUCUCUCUCUCUCGUUUCUUUCUCUCUCUCUCUCUCGUUUCUUUCUCUCUCUCUCUCUCGUUUCUUUCUCUCUCUCUCUCUCUUUCUUUCUUUCUCUCUCUCUUUUCUUUUUUCUCUUUCUCUCUUCUUUCUUUCUCUCUCUCUCUCUUUCUCUCUCUCUUUUCUUUCUUUCUCUCUCAUUUCUUUCUCUCUCUUCUUUCUUUUUUCUUUCUCUCUCUCUCUUUUCUUUCUCUUUUCUUUCUUUCUUUUCUUUUUCUUCUCUCUUUCUUUCUUUCUCUCUUUCUUUUCUUUUUCUUUCUUUCUUUCUCUUUCUUUCUUUCUCUCUCUUUCUUUUCUUUCUCUUUUCUUUCUUUCUCUUUUCUUUUCUUCUUUCUCUUUCUUUCUUCUCUUUUUUUCUUCCUCUCUUUCUUUUCUUCUUUCUUUCUUUUUUUCUUUCUUUUCUUUCUUUUCUUUUCUUUUUUUUUCUUUUCUUUUCUUUUUUUCUUUCUCUUUUUUCUUUCUUUUUCUUUUUUCUUUUCUUUCUUCUUUCUUUUCUUUCUCUUUUUCUUCCUCUUUCUUUUCUUCCUUUUUUUCUUUUUUUUUUUUUCUUCCUCUUUUUUUCUUCUUUCUUUUUUCUUUUCUUUUUUCUUCCUUUCUUUCUUUUCUUUCUUUCUUCUUUUUUUCUUCUCUCUUUUUUUUCUUUUUUUUAUUCUCUUUUCUUUUCUUUCUCUCUUUCUCUUUCUUUUCUUCACUCUCUUUCUUUUCUUCACUCUCUUUCUUUUCUUCACUCUCUUUCUUUUCUUCACUCUCUUUCUUUUCUUCACUCUCUUUCUUUUCUUCACUCUCUUUCUUUUCUUCACUCUCUUUCUUUUCUUCACUCUCUUUCUUUUCUUCCUCUCUUUCUUUCUUUCUUCUUUCUUUUUUCACUUUUUUCUUCACUCUCUUUCUUUUCUUUUUCUUUCUUUCUUUUUCUUUUUCUUCUCUCUUUCUUUUCUUCACUCUCUUUCUUUUCUUCACUCUCUUUCUUUUCUUCACUCUCUUUCUUUUCUUCACUCUCUGA